GACACAUUUUGGAUGAUGGAUUGUUCAGAGGAGCUGCAGUCUGUGUCUGAGGAGCCCAACACUGCUCAAAUGAACCUCAAGAAGGGAAUGUCGAUUUUCAUUGAUAUUUUACGGAGAGCUGAUAAAAAUGAUGAUGGGAAGCUGUCCUUUGAUGAAUUCAAAGCCUACUUCUCUGAUGGAGUCUUGACAGCUGAGGAAUUGAAGGAGCUCUUCCACACUAUUGAUACCCACAACACAGACAAUGUGGACACUGAUGAACUCUGUGAGUAUUUCUCACAGCACCUUGGUGAAUAUGAGAACGUUCUCGCUGCCUUAGAAGACCUGAAUAUGUCCAUCCUGAAGGCGAUGGACAAAACAAAGAAGGAAUAUCAGGAGUCCACCCACCUGGAGCAAUUUGUGACCCGCUUCCUGCUGAAGGAGACAACCAAUCAGCUUCAUUCCCUUCAAAGCUCGCUCGAGUGUGCCAUGGAAACCACGGCCGAGCAGACUCGCCAAGAGAAACAGGGCCCUGUGAAGCCAGAUGUUUUGACCAUCCAGUGGUCGAGUCGUCGCUCCAAUCGGAGGCUUCAGAGGAACAGCAGCCUCUCUCCCAACAACCCGCUCCUCAGUCUCGUCAAUUCAGGUGUUUAUGAUGAAGACAGCCAGUGGAUGAUGCAGGUUAACAGACUGCAGAAGCUUAUCGACCGCCUAGAACAAAAAGAGAUCCGUCUGGAGCCUGUUGAAGAGGAGGUCCUGGAGAGCAAAUCGCACAUCCUGAUAGUCCAGAGGCAGCUCUCGGUGCUGGAGGAAGAGCUGGAGGAGUUUCGUUUGGCUCUCAGACAGUACAUGGAGUGUGCCUGCGCCCAGACUGGAUGUCUACAUAUUGCAGUUCAGCGGCUGGCGAAUGAAUCACGCUUCAUUCUCUAUGAAUUCUGGGAGCACAACAACGUGUGGAAGAAUCACCUGCAGACCAACUACAGCAAGACCUUCCAGAGGGGGAAUGUGGACUUCCUGGAAACUCCUGAAUCCAUAACCACCAUGCUGGUUCCUGCCUCCUGGUGGGUCCUCAACAACAACUGAUCGUCACUGACGGGUGCAGAGAGAGGAAACAGUCACCUGUCAACAUGUCAGGAAGUC